AUGGAGUCGCGUAUUAAACAACUGGAUUAUGACUUUGAAAUGAUGUUAUUCAGAGCAAAAAGUGCACUGGAUGAACAUUAUCACGAAAAUCGCAUCAUUCCCGUUCACUGGAUGCAAAAACUCAAAAUGCAAGCACGCAGUUUCGAAGAAGCCCGUUUACGAAAUGAUUUUUUGUUUUAUUUGAUGUCAGCGUUGGAAAAUGCCUCUUUGGACUCGCCGUUUGAUCAAAUGCCGCCAGAUGUGCCUUUGCUGGAGAUGAAAGAGUUGCUGCCGAUUGGUACGCGAUUAGAUGUGGAAGAAGAUGCGCAAGAAAAAAUUCAAGGCGCAGAUUUAUUUCGGAAAAGUCCCGAUAAAGGAGCGUUCCUGCUGAAACAACCUGUGCCAAAAAGUGGCAUUUUUUGCUAUUUGGCAAUUGUGGCAAAGCCAGAUCAGUAA